AUGGGUUCAGCCCUUUCCACUGGCUGGGGCUCUGUACCUUCCAUUCGCGACUUCGCUCCUCCGACCCCUGAGGCGUACGCCCUCCUGAUCACUGUGUUUCAAUAUUUCCCUCUGGUAACUAUCUUCCAAUGGCUUCUAUCAUGGUAUCCUGCAGGCAAAACCUCUCUCAAGAGCUCCGUCUUCAAUUUACCGGGACGCAUUGCAUGGUGCGCCAUGGAAAUUGUCGGCCCGAUCAACUUGAUAUACAACCUGGCCGCCGCAUCUCCAAGCUUGACCCAGCUGCCCCUUUCCAACCAAGUUCUGGCAGGGAUGUAUUGCUGCCACUAUCUUAACCGGGCCAUCAUUUCCCCUUUCUACUCAGCUCCAAGCAUGUCACCCAUCCAUUUCUUCAUCAUGUCGAGCGCCAUCGCGUUCAAUUGGUUCAAUUCUUCCUGUCUAGCCGGAUGGCUGCGCGGGUAUCCCACUCCCAUCGUCGGCCUCGUCACCGAUGGAGCAGCCGCACUAUCCCCAUCCACCAGCGCUACCUUAGUCGAGGUGCUCUCAGGAAUUGGUGCAUUCCUCUUCUGCAUCGGCAUGGCAGGAAACAUCUACUCCGAAAAAACGCUGUUCCGCCUCAGAAUCGAAGAGGGAGAGCGCCGUGCUGCCAAGAAGUCCGACACGAAUGCCGGGCCCACCGGCAACAAGUACAGCAAGGUCUAUGUCAUCCCGCCUCCCACGGGUGUCUUCCGCUCAAUCUUGUAUCCGCACUUUGCCUUCGAGUGGCUCGAAUGGGCGGGAUUUGCUCUCGCAGGAGUCGCUGUCUUUCCCCUUGGGAAGUCGGCCGGGCUUGGUACGCCGCCUCCCCUCAAGCCCGCGCCGUGGCUUUUGCCCGCUGCCUGGGCCUCGGAUCGACUUGGCGUGCCGCUUCCGCUGCCGGCGGUUAUGUUCGUCGUGAAUGCAGUUGCGAAUAUGUUGCCGCAUGCUCGAUGGGGGCGUAAGUGGUAUGUGGAGAAGUUUGGAGAGAAGGAUGUUGCUGGGCGAGGGGCGGUCGUUCCCUGGUGCUCUCUGCUGUGA